CCGUUAGAAAUACAAUUUCCCCCACACUACAGAGUACAGACACAUUGGCAGAUUCAGAAUUUGAAAGUGGACAAGAAAAAUUGUAAACCCAGAAAGAGAAAAACCUCGUCUUUCUUCUUCUCACUACUUCUCUUCUCUGCUUUAUCUUCUUCUUGUUCAACUUGCACACACAAGUGUUCGAAUUUCUACGAACAAUGGCUCCCAAAUCGAUGGAACCUCACGACGAAGCUGAAGAAGACUUGGAGUUGGAGAGGUUGGAGUCUGAUUUGAAGCAAAUGGCGCACAAGAUUCUCGAUUACCGAACAACGCUUCCAGAUCAGCUCAACUCCACGCUCCGUUCGAUUCUCGAUGCCCAGAGACCCUUUCUUUCACCGGGUGCAUCAGAACAAAACAUUUCUAGAGAAGAAAGUUCAUCUGCUCCAGAAGAUCCAGAGACUGCCAAGAUACUAAAAUUGCUGAAUGAAAAGAUCUCAAGCAAUUGCUCUGCUAUGCCAAUUGUUUUGAAAAGGAUGAAAGACUGCAUUGCAAGAAUUGAGAAGUUUGACUCAUACAAUGAUGCAAUGAUACAUCCGGCCUUCAAAAGGAAGAAGACUGGAUAGUCAAGCCCUGAUGUAUUAUACAUUAAAGUUAUUUAUCUGAACAUCUAAGAAUACAAGUAAUCCAGCAUUUACCAACUUCGAUUUGUUCAAGGAAGCCACGUGUUCUCAUUUUCCUAAUCCUGCAAGUAGGAAGAAAGCUUCGUUUCAGAUGUAUAAUGUAUUUCAUUGUUUGGUCCUUUGUGGUAAUAUUUUGGAAAGCAUCCCCUGCCUGCAAGACAGGAUAUUGUAUAGUCCCUGUCCCUUUGUAUUAGCUGCUUGAGGCUUGAGCAUAUUAAUUGUAUUUAUUGCGUUGAACAUAUUCAUUUGUCCUAUUGCAAGCUUGAUCAUUUGAAGAGUUAGCCAAUUAGGGUGGUCAUUGCUAUAGACACACUUUCAUUGGCCAUAGGAUUGUUUGCUGUCUCUGACUUAAUUGUUUACUUUUUAUUUUUGGUAAAGUAUCAUUUGGUUUCUA